AUGGCUUAUAUUCAUGACUUUUUCUCUUUCUUACAAUGCCCAUACUUACUGCUUCUAUUCUUUCUUAGAAUUUGCUGUUUUUAUUUCUUUUCUUUAACGCUUCCGUUUGUCUUUCUUUUACGAUACCUUGUCUUUUUCUUUCUCCAUUCACUUAUUUUAUUUCGUUCAUUUUCUUCCCGCUUUCGCUUAUUUUUCUUUCUUUCUUCUUUCUAUUCUAAGGUCUUCAUAAUGUUUUUCUUUUCUAUUAAAUAUGUUUUUUUUCAAGCUUCCCCUUAUUUUGAUUGUCAGUUUCUUUUAAAGAGUUUAUUCUUUACUUACUUUUUUUCUAGUUCAUCCAUUUUUCUUUUUUCUUUAUUUUUUACUAUUCCAUUCUUUUUAUUCCCUUGUUUUUUCUUGCCGCUUCCCCUUAUUUUCUUUCUUAUUUUUACAUUUCAUGUUGCUUACUCUUUCUUUCUUUCUUUCUUAUUUUUACAUUUCAUGUUGCUUACUCUUUCUUUCUUUCUUUCUUAUUUUUACAUUUCAUGUUGCUUACUCUUUCUUUCUUUCUUUCUUAUUUUUACAUUUCAUGUUGCUUACUCUUUCUUUCUUUCUUAUUUUUACAUUUCAUGUUGCUUACUCUUUCUUUCUUUCUUAUUUUUACAUUUCAUGUUGCUUACUCACUCUUUCUUUCUUUCUUAUUUUUACAUUUCAUGUUGCUUACUCUUUCUUUCUUUCCCGUUUCUUCGUAUUCUCCUUUAUUCUUUUUUUCAUCUCUUCUCCUUUCCAGCUUACGUUUCUCUGACCACUGCCCCCCUACUUUUAAAUGGUGGUGACUUGUCUUCAUCCGGAUCAAACCGUAUCUACAUGAGACAGUCGCUUAAAGAGCGUCAGGUAAUUACAAUGUUCUGUCUUCAGUUACAAACCCAAUCACUUUCGAAGGAAUCAUCCGUGAAUUACGCCAACGUAUCCACCAACCUUACUUUCCUAUCUCUUCCUUUCCCUCUUCGCGACAAAGCCUUCCUUUUCCUUCACUUCUUCUUCGGACAAUUUAGCCUCCAGACAUUGGGCGCUGACUAA